AUGAAGUACAUCCUGGUCACGGGCGGCGUGAUCUCGGGCAUCGGCAAAGGGAUCAUCGCCAGCAGCAUCGGCACCAUCCUCAAGUCCUGCGGGCUGCACGUCACCUCCAUCAAGAUCGACCCCUACAUCAACAUCGAUGCUGGCACCUUCUCGCCCUACGAGCACGGGGAGGUGUUUGUGCUGGAUGACGGAGGGGAGGUGGACCUGGACCUCGGUAACUACGAGCGAUUCCUCGACAUCCGACUCACCAAAGACAACAACUUGACCACGGGCAAGAUCUACCAGUAUGUCAUCAACAAGGAGAGGAAGGGAGACUAUCUUGGCAAAACUGUCCAAGUUGUUCCACACAUCACGGAUGCUAUACAAGAAUGGGUAAUGAGGCAGGCACGAAUUCCUGUUGAUGAAGAUGGCAUUGAACCCCAAGUUUGUGUGAUUGAGCUUGGUGGGACGGUAGGCGAUAUCGAAAGCAUGCCUUUCAUCGAAGCUUUCCGCCAGUUCCAGUUCAAAGCCAAAAGAGAGAAUUUUUGUAACAUUCAUGUCAGCCUCGUUCCCCAGCCGAGCUCUACAGGUGAGCAGAAGACUAAACCCACCCAAAACAGUGUUCGUGAGCUCAGAGGUCUCGGGCUCUCCCCAGAUCUGAUUGUUUGCAGGUGCUCCACUCCACUGGAUACCUCAGUAAAAGAAAAGAUUUCCAUGUUCUGUCAUGUCGAACCAGAACAGGUCAUCUGUGUUCAUGAUGUCUCUUCUAUCUACCGGGUUCCUCUGUUGUUAGAGGAGCAGGGGGUUGUUGACUACUUCCGACACAGGCUUGACCUCCCCAUCGAGAGGCAGCCCAGGAGGAUGCUCCUGAAGUGGAAGGAGAUGGCUGACAGAUAUGACCGUCUCCUUGAAACGUGUUCCAUUGCGCUCGUUGGCAAAUACACCAAGUUUUCUGAUUCCUAUGCAUCUGUCAUUAAAGCACUGGAGCACUCUGCACUGGCUAUCAACCACAAACUGGACAUUAAGUAUAUUGACUCUGCAGACCUGGAGCCAGAAACUCUGCAGGAAGAGCCUGUCCGAUACCAUGAAGCGUGGCAGAAACUCUGUGGUGCUGACGGCGUUCUGGUUCCUGGUGGAUUUGGUGUUCGAGGGACAGAAGGCAAAAUUCAAGCCAUUUCCUGGGCAAGAAAACAGAAAAAACCCUUCUUAGGGGUCUGCCUGGGGAUGCAGUUGGCAGUUGUGGAGUUUGCUCGCAGCGUUCUCGGCUGGCAAGAUGCGAACUCGACAGAAUUUGACCCCAAAACUGCUCAUCCAGUGGUCAUCGACAUGCCGGAGCAUAACCCGGGGCAAAUGGGUGGAACCAUGAGGCUUGGCAAGAGAAGGACUCUGUUCCAGACGAAGAAUUCCAUCAUGAGGAAGCUGUACGGAGACCACGAUUUCUUGGAAGAGAGACAUAGGCACAGAUUCGAGGUCAAUCCAGAAUUGAAAAAGUGUUUUGAAGAGCAAGGCUUGAAGUUUGUGGGCCAGGAUGAGGAGGGAGAGCGAAUGGAAGUGAUUGAGUUGGAAGAGCAUCCUUUCUUCGUUGGGGUUCAGUAUCACCCCGAGUUCCUCUCCAGACCGAUCAAGCCAUCUCCCCCGUACUUCGGCCUCCUCUUGGCGUCUGCGGGACGACUCACGCAUUUCCUGCAGAAGGGCUGCAGGCUCUCCCCCAGGGACACCUACAGCGACAGAAGCGGCAGCAGCUCGCCUGACCUGGAGAUAACGGAGCUGAAGUUCCCGUCAAUAAAUCAUGACUGA